CGAGCAAGAUUUGUGUGAGAGUCUUUUUUUUAAGUGAAUCGUUCCACGGAGAACCGUCGAUUCAGUCCAAUUUGUUGAACCAAAUCAUUCAGAGCCGUUUUAUGACCCGGUUGAAAUGAUUCGAGGAGAACACUCGAGUCAGUUCAUUGCUCACACAACUCGGCCAGCGCCUGAAGGAAGCAACUGUCUGUCAGAAUGCACGCUGCUAGUUUCAGAGAUUGCAAAGCCUGGCAAUCUGACGGUCUGCCGCUGUCCACCAGCAGUAACGAGGCCUGUAAACUAUAUGAUGCUAUACUGUCUCAGUAUGUGACCUGGCGUAAUGAUGAGACUCUGGGGGGAAUAGAAGGCUGUAUUACCUCCAUUAAAGCUGCAGACCCGGACUUUGUGAUGGGUCACGUCAUCUCUUCUGGACUGGAGCUGGUGGGCACUGGAAGCUCCGUCCUGCGGGAUGAGAGAUUGGCCAGCGCAUUGAGGAGGACCGUGGAGCUGGCAGACACUCAGGAGCUCACAUCCAGAGAGAAAAACCAUGUGAAAGCCAUCCAGCUCUUCUCUAAAGGAGCCCUACACAAGGCCUGUGAGGUUUGGGAGUGUAUUCUAGCAGAUCACCCCACAGACCUGCUGGCACUGAAGUUUGCCCAUGAUGGAUUCUUCUACCUGGGUGAACAGACUCAGAUGAGGGACUCGGUGGCCCGGGUGAUGCCCCACUGGAAACCCCAUAUGCCCCUAUACAGUUAUAUUAAAGGGAUGUAUUCCUUUGGACUUCUUGAGACUCGUCUCUAUGAUGAAGCUGAAAAAAUGGCAAAAGAGGCUCUGUCUCUGACCCCAGAGGACGGCUGGAGUGUCCACGCUGUGGCUCAUGUCCAUGAGAUGAAAGCAGAGGUGGACAAGGGCCUGAACUUCAUGGCCUCUACAGAGAAAAACUGGAUGGUGUGCGACAUGUUGGCGUGUCAUAAUUACUGGCACUGGGCUCUGUAUCACAUUGAGAAGGGGAAUUAUGAAGCAGCUUUAGAGAUCUUCGAUGAGCAGGUUUCCCGGCGCUGUGUGAAAUCCGGAGCCAUGCUGGACAUUGUGGACUCUUGUUCGCUGCUUUACAGACUGGAGCUGGAGGGUGUGAGCGUGAAGGAGCGAUACCGGGAGCUGCUCCAGGUCACCCAGCCCCAUUCAGAGGACCACACAUUGCUCUUCAAUGACCUGCACUUCCUCAUGGUUUCACUGGGCAGCAAAGACACGGGCACCACUCAGCGCCUGCUGGAGAGCCUGCAGGAACUGGCUAAAGAUCCAGCAGAGAACCGUCAGCUGCAAAUAGCGGAGCGCGUGGGUCUGCCCAUGUGUCAGGCUCUGCUGGAGUUUGAGCAGAGGAACUACAGGCAGGCCGUGGAGCUGCUGAAGCCCAUCAGACAGAGCUUUGUGGAGAUCGGAGGCAGUGACGCGCAGAGAGACGUUUUCAGUCAGCUCCUCAUUCACGCCGCCAUGAAGUCAGGAGACAAAGAACACCAACAAUUGGCCAGAUGCAUGCUGAUGGAGAGAGACGCAGUGCGGCCAAACUCCCCGCUCACAGACCGCCUGAUCCAGCGAGCCCACUCCUUGCACGCUUAAAUUCAGACCCUAUUCCCUGUGCGCUAAACAGUCUGUUCUCUGCUGCUUUAAUUAUAGGCUAACACAUUUAACCACAGACAUCAGAUCAGAAAGCACAGCACAGCCCAUGAGUUAGCAUUGCACAACACUGUAAUAAAAUAUCUUUAAAUUGGCAGUUUUCCGUAGGUCUGUUUUGUUGUAUUUUUUUAUUUUUAUGCUUUUGAAUUGCAUUAUGGGACAUGAUCUUUCUUCCAACAACUUUUAAGUGACUUUUAUGAACAUUUUUAAGUGUUUAAGGGGCCUCAACGGAAACAGAAACCCCUCUGCUUUCAUUUGAUUGGAGAAUAAAACAGACGCGACUGACGUAGUGACGUAGACUUUUUUUCAACUGCAAGCGCACAGUGCGCAAGGCUAAAAGCGGACGGCACAGCAGGUGGUUAAAACAUGAGGCACGCAGAGCGCAUAAGCCACAUGCAAAACAUUCGUGGCCUAUAGUAAAUCAUUCAAAAAAGGCGCCUCUCAACGUAAAAAGCGCGUUCUGUCUGAUUGGCCCCUAAAUGUGCAAUAUCACACGAGUAGCAGUGCAAUAUGGCUGUAUAUUGGCACUGGUGGGAGGCAUUCAUUGGCUUGAGGCUGCAGCCCGAGUGCCUUAGUGUCUCACCAGUGCUGAUAUACAGCCAUAUCACACUGCUACUCGUGUGAUAUUGCGUCUAUACUUGAGUUCGAUGGCAUAAUUGUGUAUAUAAAAAAGAAAAUCAAACACAGAGAGUCUAAAAACUCUUUUAUUUGAGAAAAUACUUUCUUCCGCCAUUCAUUCACAUCUGCAGCUGACGUCAGAACAGCAGAAACCGUUGCUCAUUCACCAACAUCACUUUACAGCUAGGAUUUGAAUGAUUCUCUAGUGUAAUGUCUAAAGUCAUGAUAAAACAGGUGAUUUUGCCGACAUUUUAAGAUUUUAAGGCUGGAUGGCAUAGAUGCCAUCAGUCUACAGAGAUUUGCCAGUAUUUCUCUGUUGCAAUCGGGAGAUCAUCAUAAUUAACCCCGAAAAAGCCAAAGCAAAGCAAACACUACCAGAUCACUAUGGUAUAAAUACAGCACUACAACAUACAAAAGAGAGAGAUCGACUUAGAAAGUAACUUACCUGUUUUAUAAUGAUUUGAUCAGCUGUUGUUUGAAACUUAUGCUAAAGUUUUCUCCCUUAUGGACUUAUUAUGCAGUCUCUAUCGCCCUCUUGUGGCGAAACGUCAACUGUCUUUGCUCUGCUCAGUAUGACAGGCUGAUAGCCACCCAAAAUUAUAUCUCAAAAAUUAUAAGUAUUUAAAAUAGGCACUGUCAUUAUUAAUAUUAUGAUUGCAUAGUUGCAAUCUAAACAACUACAUUCUGGCCUAAAAAAGCCUUAAAAGUACAUUGUGUUGUCCAACAGCUGCAAUAUUUGUUCUAGUGUGGGCGGAGUAAUACACAAAGGUGAAUAAAAAAACAUUUGUUAACCUGUAGUGUUGAAUUUUCAACAUCAAACAUUGACAUUGCAGAAAUCAGCAUCCCAUAAUGCAAUUCACAACUGUAAAUAAACGGAAAACACUUGUGAAUCUGUUAAAUAACAGAUAUUUUUUAACAGUGAAGAUCUGAACACUCACAUCUCCAAUAGCAUCUGUUUAUCCGGUUGCAAAAUUGCAAGAUAAAAAUAAGGCGAGUGUGUAUUUUGUAUUACACAAGUCCGAGCACUGUUUUCUCCUAUCCAGGCUUGCAACCAAUAACCAUGAUUAUUCAAAGCUGUGUGCAUUAAAAAUGAACUUACAAGUGUGCCUCCAGACUUUGGGAAUUAGUAAUGAGGAAAUACCAAACAACCUCACAUGCUUUACAAACAAACUUUUUUCUUUUUUAUUAAAUCUAAUAGCAGAAAGCGAGAUAGAAAAUAAAUAAGAGCUGGCUCCGAGGCAGAGGGAAAUGGAAGGGGCAGUCGCUGCAGAAUGAAAGCAUCAGUUUGCCUGGCUCUGCGGGUGAUCGUCUGCCGCUCUACAUGACGGAUCGGAUCUCAGAAAUGAGGAUCUGAGACAGGACGAUGCCUGCGAUCUAUAGAUCAAACAGAAGAAGUGUGUCAGGUCAGCAGUGCAUAUGGAGAGAGCGCCGUCAUUUCAGUUUCCCAACGCUCACUGAAAAAUUCAUGAAUGUAAACGCAGUGCACUGCAUAUACAACAUUCAUUCCGAAAGCAUCACUGUCCGAUGUGUGAAUUUGUGAACGUUGUGUUUUUUUUUUUUAUUCAGAUUGUCUGUAUCAGUAGUUGUAUGAAUUAUUAACAAGUUCAUACAGAUAUUGUGUCUAUUCCACCAAUGAAAGCAAAGCAAGCAAAGCCGCAGCAGAGCGGACCAUUGCGCAUCUCUAAGACAGUGUUUUACUCUUUCUGAAUGGUUCUGUGAAUAAUUGAACAAAUCACUCGUGAAGAUAAUUAUAUGUUUUGCUCUUAAAUGAAUCAUUGAACGAAUCGCUUGAAUAAUUCAAUGACUUCAAUUUAGUUGGCACCUACAGUUACAAGACUAAUGCUGAUGAUACAUUGGGAAACUUUUUGAGCAAUGCAUGGCUGCUUUGCUCUUAAAAAUGAGCAACAAAAUUGUAUCUGGAUUAGGGCUGCACAAUAUAUCGCUUGAGUAUCGAUAUCGCAAUGUGUACGUACGCAAUAGUCACAUCGCAAGAUAUGUAAUGUUGAGUUAUGAAUAUAGAUGACCAGAAUCUACAGGUCAAAACACAAGAGGUUUGUAAAGACACUGCAGAAUUGAACAAUUAUAGAGUGAAAGUUAAAAAUUUUCAUUUGUUUUUAAGGUCUGUGGGAACAUUUGAAGAGUUUAAAGCAUUUUAAGAGAACAUAAAGAGCAUAAAAAAGUUUUAAAAAAUAAUAAUAAUUAUUUUAAAUGUUAUAUAUAUAUAUAAUUAUUUAAAUGAUGAAGACUAUGGAAUGCUCUUAAACAUUUGAUUAUUCAAUUUCUGUACCCAAAUACUGUUAAACACCCCCUGGAAACCCAUAAAGCACUGUUUAUUUCAUUUUAA